AUGAAGUCAGUUCGGAAAGAUCUUGAUGAUCAGCAAGAAUCAUGGGCUGCAGAAGUUAUGGAAAUUAAAAGAUCAUUUAAUGAAAACCGUAACGAGGGCGUGUCCGAUGAGCUAACGCGUGCCGGUGAACCCUCCCAGUUACCUUUGAGUGGUGAUUGUAGGGAAUCUAUAUCCGAGUUCAUGUCUGAAUUGAAGGGAGAAAUCUUGGAGGGGUUGAAUGCGCAGGCAGUAACCAUUGAAUCUCAUCUAUCCCGAGUCGCGGACAACAUAGUUUCUGCAAACAAAGACCUAGUUAGAUUCUUGACAGAUGGGGGAGCAUCUAAUGCUGCCCAUCAAGGAAUUUUGAAAGAGCCAAAUCUGUACCCGACAGUGGGUCUUCAAACGCCAGGCGAAGUCGUUGACGCAAACUUUGGUCAAGAGCCUUUCGUUUUCGACAUAGAAGACAUGAUGAAGGAGCUGCAAGCCCGUACCAAAAUGGAAAUUAGAGAUUUCCCUGUGCCCGCUAAACAGUCCGAGUGGCAAGCAAUUUUAAACAAAAUGGUUUCUACUUAUCUAAUUCAUCACGGAUAUUGCAAUACUGCCGAGGCCUUCGCCCAAAUCACCAAUCAGCCUUUUACCGAAGAUAUUCAUUCAAUUAAAAAUCGCCAAAAAAUUCUCAAGCUUGUCCUGUCCGGACGCAUGGGCGAAGCAAUCGAGAGGACCAGCCGAUUAUAUCCAGGACUGCUCGAAAACAACCAGAAUCUUUUGUUCAUGUUAAAAUGUCGCCAAUUUGUCGAAAUGGUUAAUGGUUCUGACAUUGAGGUUUGCCACAGGAAAUGUGGCACAGGUGUUUUAGCUUCUCCUAGACCUGGCAGCCCCAUUCAAACUUCAGUAAUUCAGUCCACUAAAGGAUAUAGUAGUAAUAAGAAUAAUAAAUCUUCGGUUGAUGAAAUGAAUGAAACAAACUCUUCACAUAACGGCAACUGUCCAAAUACGUCCGUAAUUCAGACUGAUGACGACUGCAUGGAGGUGGACAAUUCAGAGGAUUGCAAUAAUGGACAAACAAGCAGCGAAAAUUGUCCAAAUAUAACAGAUUGCCCUAAUAUUCAAGAUUGUCAAAAUGGUAAAGAAUGUCACACUAAUGAGAAUUGUUUAAACGAUGUAGACACGCCAUUAUGUAGAAAAUCUUGUUCCAAACCGGCAGUAGAGAGAAUACUAGAAUUCGGUAGAGACUUGUAUAGUAUGAGUCAAAGAUUAAAAGCGGAUAAAACUAGUAAACAACACAAUCAAGAGAUGAUGCAUUUAGUUUAUUAG